AUGCAUUUAGAUACGCCAGUUUUUAAAAGUUCUUACAUGCAUAUUUUACACGAUGCUGCAACGACAGCGAUGCCUCCUGCAACGUAUUCAGGUAUUUACAAUCCAGUAAAUACAACGAUACACAACGAAAUGGAAAAUCGAAACAUAUUUAAUAUUGAAAAUGAAAGUUUUGUUAGUAAACAACAAAAUAUAAAAAACGAUUUGACUUUAAAUUUUGAUUUUGAAACCGGGGAUGAAAUUUCCGAUACGAAAUCGACAAUUUUUUCACACGAAGAAGAUGUGGAAAGGAAAAAACUUGAAAAUUUUCAAGAUGUUUUUUUCGUACAGCCUCCCUUUCGACCAUUUUCAUCUCCUCCUUCAAGCGUUUUGUCUUCAUUACCCGCUUUAUCCCCAGAUGAAGACAUACCUAAUUUAACCGGACUUUUCUCAUCGAAACCUUGCAAUUUAGAACCUGAAUUUGUCGAAAUGCAAAAUGAUUUUCAUGACUAUAAAAAUUUUCCGAUAAGUGAUUAUAAUAUGAUCGAAGAAACCGUUCGUAACGGUAAUAUUUUCAUGCCCAUUCACAAUCCACCCGUAAUGCCUAAUUUAAUUAAUAAUAAUAAUAAUAAUAAUAAUAAUAAUAAUAAUAAUAAUAAUAAUAAUAAUAAUCAAUAUCCGAACGUUGACAUACAAGAAAAUUUUACAACGAAUUUCAUGCAAAUCCCCCCCUCCGAUAAUAAUCAACCUGAUGUUUUUCACAAUUUACUCAAUCAAAUGGAAAAUACAAUAACCGUAUCACAUAUAAAAGAAUCGGCGGAAAAAACGACGAACGUUUUAAAAAAUGUUAGAUUUCAAAAAAAUAAUUACACUUACAUAAAUAAUAAUAAUAAUCAUUAUUCUGAUCAAACACAUCAAAUCCCGCAAAAAAUGGAAGAAUUUUUACCACUUUUAAAUUUCAAAUCGGAAUAUCCAAUCGAUGGAGAUUAUAUUACAACGAGGACGAUAAAUAAUUUAUCUGAUUGUGAUGUGAAAGUGAAUAAUAAUAAUAAUAAUAUAUUUGAUAAUGAAAAUUGUUGUCAUAUUGAAAAUAAUAUAAUGGAUGGGAAAAUUUUUUUCCUUGAUCAAAAUCAAGAAUUUGAUGAUAAAUAUCGGACAUUGGAUGGUUUAGUGAAUGCUCAACAAGAUUUGAAAGGGAAAAUUAUAAAAAAAGUAAGAAGAAAAACAGACUGGAAAGAAAAUUUCGAAUCUGAUGGAUCUAAUGGAACUCAUAAAGAAAAUGAAACAGGUACCACCAACACCACCGCCCCACCACCACCACCAGUAAAUGGAAGAUCACUUAAAAGAGGUGCGAGAGCUGUUGCAAACUCAAGAAGUAUGAGGGGUGGAAGAAGAGCUAAAAGAAUUCGAACGACAUCACUCAUGGUUGGAGAAACGGAUUUAAAUUGUUUGAUAAGGACAUCAUCUACAAGUUUGGAAACGACAUUAAAUCAUUCAUACGAACAAAACGGAUGCUACGGUCAUCUUUCAGCAAGAACUUCUUCUAGUCACGAUGAUCUCCAACGACACGACGAUGAAUUAAAAGCGAUGAGAAAUUUAGAAAAAUCAUCUAGUCAAAAUUUAAAUAUAUUAAAUAAUCAUUUGGUCAUUAAACAAGAUGAUCAUUUGGGGGAUGAAAUUUUGACGAGUAAACAACCAUCGGUGAGCAGUACCGAAGUAAGCGACGAAGAAGAAACAAACGGUGUGCCUUUAAAAUGUAAAUGGAUGAACUGCGAAGAAAUAUUUCCAAAUCAAAUCACGCUCGUUAAACACAUAGAAAAAUGUCACGUCGAACAUAGAAAAGGUGAAGAAUUUGCUUGUUUUUGGGAAGACUGUUCGAGGCGUUCGAGACCGUUCAACGCACGUUAUAAACUUUUGAUACAUAUGAGAGUACAUUCUGGAGAAAAACCAAAUAAAUGUCCAUUCGAAGGAUGUACGAAAGCAUUUUCACGUUUGGAAAAUCUUAAAAUACAUCAGAGGAGUCACACGGGAGAAAGACCGUAUACCUGUCAGUAUGAAGGAUGUACAAAAGCAUUCAGCAAUAGUUCGGAUCGUGCAAAACAUCAAAGAACCCAUUUUGACACCAAACCUUACGCUUGUCAGGUGAUUGGAUGUACAAAACGUUACACAGAUCCAAGUUCACUCCGUAAACAUAUAAAAAAUCAUUCGGCUAAAGAACAACAGCAAGCGAGAAGAAAAACAAAAUUUUGUCAAGAAGAAAAACAAAUUCAAGAAGCAAAAUUAAAAUACGAAUUGACGAAAUAUAAUUCGCAAAUUUCGAUUCCGGAAACGAAUUAUUAUCCCAGGUACAAUUUCGAACCGGAAACGUACGAACAGGAAGCUUUGGUACCUUUUGUAUUUAUCGAUCCCUCAUUGGACAAUCAUUUGGAAUUAGAUUGCGAUAUCAAUAAUCAAUUAAUCAAUACGAUCGGUGAAUUCGAACAAAACGAAAUUAAUUUUUUCCCAUUUUCAUCAUGA